UCGGAGCGUGGAACGUACGAACAAUGUUUGAAACAGGAAAAGUUGCACAAGUGGAAAGAGAGUUCCUAAAGUACAAUAUGGAGAUCCUGGGAAUCAGUGAAUGUAGGUGGACGGGCAAUGGUUCUAUCACGACACCCUUGGGUACAACCAUACUAUACUCUGGAAGGGACGAUAACAUGCACCGUGAGGGAGUUGCAUUAAUGUUAACAAAGACAGCAAAAAAGAGCAUGCUGGAAUGGAAGCCCAUUAACGAGAGAAUGAUCACAGCCAGAUUUAAUUCGACUCAUACGAAGAUGUCAGUGAUAGCCUGCUAUGGACCAACAAAUGAUGCAGAGGAUGAGGCUAAGGAUAAWUUUUACCAACAGUUACAGAAAGAAAUUGAUUGUAUCCCGGUGCAUGACGUACUUAUUAUAAUGGGUGACCUAAAUGCUAAAGUAGGAGGAAGCAAUGAGGGCAGAGUAAAGAACAUGGGAACACAUGGAUGUGGGGAAAUGAAUGAAAACGGAAACCUUCUAGCUGAUCUUUGUGGUCUAAAUGACUUAGUCAUUGGAGGCACCAUCUUCCCACAUCGCAGGAUACAUAAGUUAACAUGGGAGUCACCGAAUGGCAAAGACAAGAACCAGAUUGACCACAUCAUUGUGAAUGGACGGUGGAGGCACUCCCUACAAGAUGUUAUUGUUAGGAGAGGUGCUGAUGUAGGCAGCGAUCACCAUCUAGUACGUGCCAACAUAAGGCUACAUCUUAGAAAAGCACCUUCCAAGGUUAAGUGCAUUAGAAAACAGCGAUAUGAUUCUAUAAGUCUAAAGGACCCAGAAAUAUCCAAGAAGUUUAGUACAGUUCUAAGGAACAGGUUUCAAGUUUUCAGCGACAUUGGUGAUGGGAUGGAAAUGGAUGUGGAAUCUUUGUGGAAAGCCGGGAAAGAAAGUUACAAUCAAGCUUGUGAAAAGGUUAUACCAACCAAAAUGAAAAAGGUAAAGGCUUGGAUAUCAACAGAAACAUGGGACCUGAUAAAUGAAAGAAGGCUAUUGAAAGAACGAAAAGGGAAUACCAAAUCGAGAAGACUCUUAGAGAAGUAUACAUCUAAAUACUCUGAAGUGCAUAAAGAAGUUAAACGCAGGUUAAGGAAGGACAAGCGAUCCCAUUAUGAGCACUUAGCAACAGAAGCAGAGGAAGCUGCUUCAAAAGGAGAACAGGCCGAGCUAUAUAGAAUUACAAGGCAAAUUUCUGGGAAAUUCAACUCGGGUUGCCCAAUAGUAAAAAACAAGGAUGGUGUAAGAAUAACAACGGAAGAAAAACAACUACAACGCUGGGCAGAACACUUUAAAGAAGUUCUGAAUAGAUUAGAACCGAACGAACAGCUGGAUAUAAAUGAGUCUGCUGCAGAGGAACUUAACAUCGAUUGUUCCCCCCCAAAGAGAGAAGAAAUUAUAAAAGCAAUUAAAUCCUUGAAGAAUAACAAAGCACCUGGAUUAGAUAAUAUCACAAGUGAGAUCUUAAAAGCGGAUUAUCAAUUUUCAGUGGACUGGCUAUAUCAACUCUUUCAUAAGAUCUGGAGUACUGAGGAGAUACCUGACGACUGGAGUAAAGGUCUUAUUGUUAAACUGCCGAAGAAAGGAGACAAGACUGUGUGUUCUAACUGGAGAGGAAUUACGUUGAUCUCAGUGCCAAGUAAAGUGUUUUGUAAAAUUUUACAGAUGCGAAUGAGGGAUGCCAUCAACUCCCUACUGAGGAAAGAGCAAGCUGGUUUUAGAUCAGGAAUGGGCUGCAUAGACCAUAUAUUCACCUUGAGAAACAUCUUAGAGCAGAGUAUUGAAUGG